AUGAAGGACGACGACAUCGCCCCUCCAAGCUCCGCUCUCUCCCCCGAGCUCGAGCUCUUCUUCCCCUCCCCUCCCCGCACCCCUCCGCCGCCGCUCAAUCGCCACCUCGCCGCCGUGCGGAUGCGGCGGGGGCCAAUGUACUCCGCCUACACGGAGCUGAGGGACUCCAGGCUCAGGAGGAAGAGGGAGGAGGAGAUGCUGCUCCUCAGCCCCUCCUCCUUCAAGCUCGCCCGGACGAGGCCUGAGCCGGCGCCGGAGAAGAUGAAGAUGCCGGCGGUGAUGCGCUCCGUGCCCAACUUCUCGGCGGCGCUGAGGAAGGAGAACAGGGAUCCGGGCUUCCUCUCCCCGCCCCCGACCAAGGUGGGAAAGUUUCAGGGCACGCCGCCGCGGCCUCCGCCGGCGACCGCCGCGGCCGCUCCGUCGAGGGCGGGCGUUCUAAGGACAGCGGGGGCAGGAGCUGUCGCGUCUUCUCCCAGCGGGCGGAAUGCGAUAAAGUCCUCCGGCGGCCCCCCGGCGAGGAGGAGCUACUCGUGCCUCAAGGAGCUGAAGGAGCUGAAGGCGCUCUCCGGCACUGCCGCGGCGGCGAUCGAAGAGGAAGGCGAAGGCGGCGGCGUCUGCGGAGAGGGGAUCUCGAAGAGGCCGCCGAGGCGCUGGUAUUAG